AUGUUAUCCAACUUUUUGUCGGACAUGUCGCAACGGCAGGUGUGGCUAGAGGCCGAUGCUCAGACGGUAUCUACUAUGGAGGUAGAUAAUGAAGAUUUCGAAGAGGAGGACGAUGAUGAGAGCGGAAGCUUCGCAUCGGGUAGCGGCAGUAGUGAGGAGGACAGCAGCGAGGACACCAGUGAGGAGGAGGACAGCAGCGAGAGCAGCGAAUCAGAGGAGAAGCCGCGGGCCAGGAGAUAUAGCCGUACGCAGCGGGUCAAGGGACAGCAACAACAACAACAACAACAGCAACAGCAACAACCAGAAGAUACCCAACCGCUGGCCUCUGUCAUGUCAUCUCUGCGCAAGGCCAGGGCUUCCGCUCCCAAUCUGAUGGCUACUGGCGGGGGUAUACCGACCGGUAUUGGCGGGUUAAGGAACCCAAAUGCCAACGCAGGCGGGUUAAGGGCCCCCGAUACCCCCUUGGGCGGGUUAAGGGCCCCCGCCGCGGCUGCUAGCAAUAAGCAAAAAGGCAACGCCUCCAGUGGAGCCAAAAGGGCAGGGCUCAGCCUGUUGAACGAUGCCAGAAUUGGCGCCUCGGUGACCUCAGUGGGGGUCAAGACUCAAGUUAUGGAUGUUAGUCUGGAACGGGAUAAUGACAACCAAACGACGCGAAGAGAUGAUAGUACUUCUGAAUCGGCACCACUCAAGGCCACAGUGAGUGUGACGACUGUCUCGGUCUCGAUCGAAGCACCCUCAGGAUCCAAAUCAGAACUCUUCAAAAAGACCUUGACGAACACCCUUUCUUCUCCUGAUCUUGCUAGAUUUCGCCGUUCGAAGACUGGCCCCAUUAAAAUUGACCCAAAACAGAGUCGGCGGAGGAACCGAAGUGCCAACGACAAGGUGGACAAGAAUAAUACAUUGCCAUCCGUUCGUCGCGUCAACAGUGCACCUGGACCUUUCCUGGCGAAACAGUCUCGGUGGAAUUCAAGCUCCAGUUUUCUACCCCGCGACAAGGACGAGAACAGGAACACCUUUGCAGAUACUGCUACUAAUAAUAAGGCUUCUGCCACACAAAAGAUCCCCGCAACCAUCCGAAUUAUUGGUGGUGCCGAUCAGGAAACAUCGCAGCAGGUUGUGAAUCGAAUGAAGCAAAGGCGAAAGAGCAAACUACCCCGAGCAUCAGCGCCGGACCUUCGAAGCAUGCUGCUGACUCCAACAACGGAUACACGAGAUUCUCCCUCGACGGGAAACUCCCGAUGGGAUUCCAGUGGCAACUCUAGUCCCACUCGAAGAAUGGGACGAGAUCCUGCCAGUCCGCCGUUGGCGGAUGCUCGACCCAAGAUUCCAAGAACAUCCGCUCCCAACUUAUUGGCACUGACGCGAGGACAGCCUUUGGGGAGUGGAUCCCCAACAAACAGCGCCAAUUGCCGAUGGUCUUCCUCGUCGCCGCCCUUGUCUCAAAAGGCUAUGGUGGAAGAGGCAACGACGGAAGAAUCCGAUACCAUGGGACUGCUUCGUCGUCGGUCGGGCAGCCGGAGACGCCUCACACAAAGCAAGAUUGGUGCGUCCGCUCCCAACUUGUUCCGCAUGCUCUCAUCGCCGCCUAGUAGCAACCAAACAACCGAUGGAUCAAGCGCCAAUACCGGCAACGGAACAUGGAAACCUGCGGCCCGCACACUGGGAGAGCUCGGCGCUAGUAGCGUCUUUCUUGGCAUGGAACCAAGUAGCCAACUACUGGCAGCAAUGCAGAAGAACAAGAGCCAAACUGCGGCGCCUCUAAAUGCGUUAUCGGGUGUUGUUUCGAGCCCCCAUUUCAACAUGCGCCGCUCAACAACUUUGCCAACGAAUGGCACAAAUGCCGCUUGGCAGCCAAAGCCAACAGGUGCGACUCCGGUUGGUACCAUGGCACUGCUGGAACGACUGAGAACCCAGAAUGGUGGCGGUGGUUUGGCGACGACUGCUUCAAACCAACAUCAGUCGGGCGGCAUGGGAUUGAUGAAGCGAGCAACCACCGAAGUUGAUCCAUCCAAAGUAAUAGCUGAAAGAUUGGAACGUCAGCGAGGAAUCCAGAGAACAAGCAGCAGGAUGGUCAUGUCCACCAGUAGCAACAAGCUGCGUGGUAUGGGUGUCUCAGCGCCUAAUCUUCACGGCAUGGGACGACGCAACACAUUUCCUGCACCAGGUCCCACGAACGCAAAGUGGACUCCCAAACCUGCGGCAAACACAGGUGUCACACCCACGGUAAAUUUGUGGAACUCUGUGGGGUCACGUUCUGGAACGGAGCAAAAGGUGAUUGGUAGGACCACAGUGUUGGCCCAGAGCAUGAGGAGAACGAAGGGUGUUGGCAUUUCUACUCCAAACUUGGUGGGUCUUCAACGAUCUACAGCUGUGCCAGAUCCCUCCCAGGAAACAGAAGGGAGACCAGGUCUGACUGCUGCGAGCCUGUUGAAUGCAGGAGGUGCAACUCCACUUCAAAGAGGAGUUCAGAGAACCAGUAGCAGAAUGGUCAUGUCAACCAGCAGCAGCAAGCUUGGUGGCAUUGGAGUCUCGGCCCCCAAUCUUCACAGACUCCAUACCAUUCCUUCAGCGCGAUCCAAGAAUGCACAGUGGACUCCAAGUGUGGUGGCAAAUAGAGCUGGUUCAAGUGCAUCAAUGUUAUGGAAUUCCGUAGGGUCAGGGGUUACCGCUCAACAGGCAUCAAAUCCACCACCGCUGACUUCUGGCAUGAGGAGAAUGAAAGGUAUUGGCAUUUCUACUCCAAACUUGGUGGGUCUUCAACGAUCUACAGUUAUGCCAGAAACAGAAGGGAGACCAGGUCUGACUGCUGCGAGCCUGUUGAAUGCAGGAAGUGCAACUCCACUGCAAAGAGGAGUUCAGAGAACCAGUAGCAGAAUGGUCAUGUCAACCAGCAGCAGCAAGCUUGGUGGUAUUGGUGUCUCAGCACCCACGCUUCAAAACAUGAUGCGAUCAUCAAAUCAGUUGGAGUCGGCCUCCAAGAAUGCACAAUGGAACGCCAAGCCUUCUCUCUUGUCGAUAGUGGGACAGGGCAGCCCAUUGCUGCAACAAGCUGUGGAGAGAACUAGUAGUCGUACAACUGCAAUCGGCAGUGUGAACAAGCUCGGCGGCAUUGGUGUCUCAGCCCCCAAUCUGGCUGGGCUUCAACAGCGAACAGCUUUGGCCACACCUUCUGCACCACAUUGCUCGCAGUCGUCGUCCCAUCCAUCAUCUCGUCCACAAGGGCCAGUAUUGUCAAUGAUGCCUAUGGUGACUUCCAGUAAACCAGCCCCUUCGCAUCCAGUGGCAUCCUCUCGGUGGGAUAAUGCUUCAGAUUUUGAUGGAGGUCACCGUUUUUCAAACAAUGAGAAUGGUGCCAUGAAGCAAUCCGGUAUACCAAAUUUAACCGGGUCACGCCGAAAACCAAGCUCGCCUUCAAGUACGAAGAUGAAAAUGAAUAGUGUACUUGGAGCAUCAGCUCCCGACCUCACGAGCCCGACACGAGUUUACUCGGUUCCGCUUGACAAUUUCUCCAAUGCGGAAUGGGAGCCGAGGUCUACGCGAAAGAAGCAAUCCAGCAGUUCGAAGAGAGGUGAUCAGUUGGGGCCAGAAACAGUUUUGGACCAAGGGGCCUUGACAAUGGACAACACCUCCGGUCAUUCUGCAAGUCGGUGGGAGACUGGGAGCACAGGAAACCUUUCGGGAGGCGAUCAAUGGUCAACCACAAAACUACACCCCAAGAAAGGCCCCAGAACCCGAACUCGCAGAAGGAAGAAGAAACGGGCAAAUAAGAAGAACGCUGAUAGCGCCCCUCCUCAGGUCAGACGUUCACUGACAAACGAGGAGCCCCGAACGGCAGAAGCAAUUGAUGAAACUAUCCCAGCAACGGGCGAUGCACCUCCUCAAAAGGUUGAGAGAUCCGCCACCAGCGAAUCCAUUGAAAACAGAGAACUGGUGACUGAAGCUGAAAGAAGAGAACUGGUGACUGAAGUUGCUGGCUUGAUGCAAGAAGUCACCGAGUUUGUCACAGCCGAGCUACAAGCUCACGCCGAGACAGGGGAAUCCCCGGUCGCACACGCGACAGCUAGCCUUGCAGCUCUUGAAAUCACACGGUGUGCUCGCAUGGCGUUUCGCCGGGAGCGAAGCGACCGCAGCCUUGGAGGGAAAAACAGCAGCCACCACAAAGAUGGUGAUCUUGACAACUCAAACCCGUCAAACCUUGGUUGUAGAGAGACCAUCCCAGAGCAUCCUCAUCAUUUCAGCGAUGAAAGUGUUGAUACAGCAUCUGAAGCCUACGAUGAUUUCCACGAGGGUUUUUUGCCUGUAAGGGAAUAUAACAGCCACACCCACUCCCAUGGUCUGCAGCCUGGCCAUGGCCAUGAUGUUGGGGUGCUUGCUGGUUGGGCUGACGAAGCAUCGGGAGGUUCCUUUGUGGAAAGCAGUUACGUACAUGAUCAUCACCAUGAGCAUUGUCGCGUGGAGGGAAUACCUUGCUCUGAGGAAGGUUGUGAUAAGAUGCUCAAAGCACCUGUCAGGCACAACAGCGGCGCUAGCGAAAGACGUGGUUCUAUCAACGAAGACGAAGAUGUUGCCGCCGUCUUGGAUUCGUUGGCAACGGCUGCUCCUAGCGCUGCAUCGACCGGCCCUAUGAAGCCUGUGCGACGUGCCAGCAUGGGCACAGACGACGGCCUACAUGCUAGUUUGUCGGGAUUCCAUCAAUCGCGCGACUGUAAACAGAACGGCGAGGACACAAAAGUUGAAAGAAGGUCAGCUCGCACGAACGCUGCAGUCCGAUUGCCAAAGCGGAAGCUUAGUACGGAUUCCACCACGAGUUCUACGUGUGGUCCACCAGUAGCCAACGUCCACGGGGAUAGUUUGGUGAUUCCUGACGAUUGCAGUGAAAUUACAAUGCCGGCUGUUUGCGCUGCGUCUGUUUGGAACUACCCCUCGAGCGCGACCUCCGAGAGGAGCGAAAUGCCAAUGUCGCCAGGGAGGAUGGGGGCCCUCACCAAGCUUUUGCCUGAUCUCACAGCGAACGCCAUGCCUUUCCCCUCUGUUCCAUUGUCCAUUGCAACCGAGACUAGAAAAGGCCUCUCGAAUGUGGAUGCGUUGAAGGCAAAAUCUGGCCCAAUGGGAGAUGAUAGCAGGAAGAGCUCGAGCUCAAUCCAGAUGGGCGAUGGUAGCAGCAAGACGCGACGCUCCUCGGGUGGUUCGCUCAAUCUUUUCGAAGACAUCACCGACGGUGUUCUGUCGAUGAUUGCAACUGGUGCUUGCUAUCAACCGAAUCCGACGGAUUUAUUAGGUGGUCGUACUGAUAGUGUGGACCAGGAGACGGAGAUGGAGAUGGGUGAAAGGUACACUGAACCCGCAGUCGUUCAGCAUUCUGGAGAAAGCACGUGCGAGGAUCCAGCACAGGACUCAGGGGAGGAAUCCGGAGAACGCCAGAAAACCAGACCCAAACCCUUGUUUGCGAUCCAUACAAGUGGCUUUUCUGCUGGUGAAAUAUCAACAAAAGAAGUAUUACCGAAGCAGCAAUCUUUGUUCGCCAUCGAUGCAGAGGACAUGGACACAGCAAAGGCAAAAGCAGAAGAAUCAAAGUCCUCCCCCCCACCAUUGUUUGCUAUCAGCACAGUUACACCGAACACCUCAGCUGAAGAAAGCAAACCCAAGCCCGCACCAUUGUUUGCAAUCAAUGAUGUCUUCACCAUAAAGAAAUCAGAAGAAACAACGAAACCUCUGUUUGCGCUUGCGGCGACGGAAACACCACCAAAAGAUUCAAAACCUACACCAAAGCCUUUGUUUUCUUUGGAGCCGACAGAUGCCGCUGAAGCCACGGCAACAAAACCAAGACCACUGUUUGCGCUUGCGCCAUCCGUCGGAGAAGACAUGGGAGAAGCCAAAGCAAACCAAAAACGUUCUCUUCCUGCACGUCUACCAAGCAGCAAUACGAGCCCCCUUCUCCAGCAGUGCUGA